GCGUCGCGAGACAGUUUUACCCCACAGUUUCCCCAAUCGAGAGUACGUUUGCCUGUUCUGUUUGUUGGUUGUUUUUGAAGGAGGGAUAGAAAUUUCGUCAGCUUGAGGAUGAAUAGCCAGAUGAUUGGAUCGAUUUCGGAGUUCAACAGUUCAUAUGACGAUUGGAAUGUGUACAGUGAGCGAUUGGAGCAGUUCUUUGAAGUUAAUGACGUUGCGCCAGAAAAGAGGAGCGCUUUCUUGAUCAGUGUUAUUGGAGCUGAUGCGUACAAGAGUUUGCGAGAUUUGUGCCACCCAACGGUGCCCAAGGAUAAACCCUUCGAGGAGCUAUGUGAGCUGCUGAGGAAGCAGUUUAGCCCUCAGGUUUCGAUUUUCCGGGAGAGAGCCAAGUUCUACAACGCCCGGCAAUUGACGCACGAAACCGUGAUCGAUUGGUAUGGGGAGAUAAAGAAGCUGUCGGUGGAUUGCAAAUUCGGAUCGAAUCUGGACGCAGUUUUGCUGGAUAAGUUUAUCACCGGACUGAACCCAGGUCAGGUGUUGGAUCGAUUGUGCGAAGAGAAGGAAACCUUGAAACUUGAACAGGCCCUGGAUAUUGCGAUCAACAAGGAGUGUGCAACUAAGGAAAGUGGAUCCUCACCGUUUCCGAUUUGUGGUAAAAAAGGUGGAAUUCGACAGGAAUUCCCGAAACCACUCAUUUGUCCACCUGGUCCUGGUCCCACUGGAUAUCGCCACCCUCAAUUUGGCACCGGUUUCGGAGGCAAAGCACUCAAUCAAACCUUCGGAGCUCCAGCUGCUCCCGUAACAUUCGGCGGAACACCUAUUCAAACCUUCGGAGCCGCUCCCGCUGCUCCCUUAGCAUUCGGGGCACCGGCUGCAGCUUCUGCGAGUCUUUUCGCUGCUCCCCAAGCCAAGUUUGCUCUGUGCGCCGCUGCACCAGCAGCCGAAGAGCGCACGAUCUGUGACGAUGGCGCUCCCGAAACCUGUGAUCGAGCUGGCGAAGAUGUGCUUGAAGCCAAAGGAGGGCUCGGAGGAGCAGCAGCGGCAGUUGCUAAGGCUCCCAGGCGCCGUCAACGACGUCGUGGCGCAACUCGUCGCGCUGCUGCUGGCGGCGCUGCUGGUGAAGAUGCUUCUGAGCGAGGCUCGGUUGCGGGCGAAGAACAAUGAGCUAUGACGACUGAUGACGCACCGGAUGUGAGCUCUUGAAGAUUAGUUGGUAGCUAGAUUAGAUAGGAACUGAUAGACGAUAACAAAUGCGCAUUUAAACGAGUGCAAGUGAUUGUGAUAGUAUUUUUUCUGUCUGUUUGUUGCGAUUGAGGGCAACUUAGUAUUUGAAACGAAUACAAUUUCUGAUAAUGUUAGCUUAGUGAUAGGAUUGAUAGGUUUUGUUGAUGAUUGAAACAAAUUAAAGUCAAUCAAUAAUGUUAGAAAAUUGAAAUAAGUAAAUUAUGAUACGAAAUAAAAUGAAACAUUUUUUAAACAGA